AUGUCUCCGGAAUAUGCUAUAGAUGGUUUAUACUCGAUAAAGUCUGAUGUGUUUAGCUUUGGAGUGUUGCUCCUAGAGAUUAUAAGUGGCAAGAAGAAUACUGGCUUCUAUAACAGUAGUUCACUCAAUCUUCUUAGAUAUGCUUGGGAGUUGUGGAUAGAUGAUCGGAGUUUGGAGUUGAUAAAUCCAACAAUUGGGUAUCCUUCUUCUAGUUCUCUUCCGUUGAGACUCAUUAACAUCGGCCUUCUUUGUGUCCAAGAAAGCCCGACUGAUCGACCUACCAUGCCUGAUGUAGUCUCAAUGAUUAGCAAUGAACAUGCACCUCUAUCUAAACCCAAGCAACCAGCGUUUACCACAGGCCGGAACAUGAUGGACACAAAUCCAACAAUUGACACAUCAAGAAAUUGCUCAAAUAAUAGCGUAACUAUUUCAACAAUGGAAGCUCGAUGA